UCCAAGACCUGGCAAUUGGGAAUGCGGGUCAACCGUCAUGAAAUUUGCUCGACGCGAUAUCCAACCAAGUGUUGAACCCACUCGACGUCGACGGCCGCCUUGCCUUUUUUUCUGGUUCCCAAACAACAACUUCAACCACAGCCACCAUGUUCCGCGCAAACGUCCUGCGAUCGGCCGUGGCCUCGGUCGCCCGUGUUGCCGCCGCCCGCCCGACCCCCGUCGCCAGAUUAGCCGUCCGCGGCGCCUCCGCCCCCGCCACCUGGAUGCCCAAGACCGCCGCCGCUCCCUGGUCCGCCGUCCGCUGCUACGCCGCCGCCGCCGGCCUGGACAAGGACGCCGUCGAGGAGAGGAUCGUGGCCCUGCUCAAGAAUUUUGACAAGGUCAACGACCCUGAGACUAUCAAGCCCACCUCUCACUUCGCCAACGAUCUGGGCCUGGACAGCCUGGACACUGUUGAGGUUGUCAUGGCCAUUGAGGAGGAGUUUAGCAUUGAGAUCCCUGACAAGGACGCCGACAACAUCCACAGUGUUGACAAGGCUGUGGAGUACAUCCUGAGCCAGCCUGAUGCGCACUAAAUUAUCAUGAUGUUGACGUGCACGCCUCCUUACGACACUUAACUCUCUGUACCAUAGACGCAAAAUAUACAGGCAUAUUUUGGAACGGUUGUUUCUAAGCAUUUCUUAUCCCAAAAGCGGGCAGCCCAAGACUGCUGUCAUCUGGAACCAGAGCACUUCUUGUCUGCGACAGGAUGAAGCUUUGGCUCACCGACGAGGAAGGG